GUGAUCCCUGUAAUAGAAACUGAAACUUAACUGAGAGCAAUAAAAGACACAGUCACUAUCAGAAAACACACUUCAUCUGAACAGGGACAGCUGGCAUUUGAAAAAACAAGUCCUGAUUUGAAUUAUGAGUGACAGUGAGAACACCCUUGAAAAAAACCUAAAGAAACUGCAAUGUCACUUCACCUGGGAGCUAAACAAGGAACAGGCUGACCUCAACCUCCUGGAGAUAAAACUACGUGAAACGCUGGAAGUAGUUCAGGAGGGCUUUGAAGGCAAUCUGAAAAGACACAGUUUAAACCUGCUGGCUUAUAUUAAACACCUAAAAGGUGAAGAUAAGAGAGCACUGGAAUGCUUAGAGAAGGCAGAGAGGGAAAACGCUCAUGGCGAGAGGCUGUGUAUAGUGACGUAUGGAAACCUGGCCUGGGUCUGCCAUCACAUUGGAGAUGACAUAAGAGCAGACGGGUAUAUUCAGAAGCUGGAGGAGAUACACAAGGCCUCUGCCACAGCCUCAACCUCUGUCCUGCUUGUGCCCAGAGAGGUCCACAGUGAAAAGGCCUGGUCCCUCCUCAAGUUCUCAAAGCACCACUACACAAGAGCCAAGGAGUGCUUUCAGGAGGCUCUGCAGAUGGAGCCUGAAGAUAAGGAGUGGAACUCGGGUUUUGCCUUCUCUCUGUUCCGCCAGGAGGGCCUGGUGACUAGGGAGGACCAGAGGCUCUCCUAUGAGGAUUCCCUUGCUGUUAAACAGCUGAAUUAUGUCCUGGAGCUCAACCCAGACAGUGCCAUGACCAGGGUCUACCUGGGCUUGAAGUGCUACAAGAACCGGAGGAACGCAGAGGCCUGGGGCUACAUGAGGAAGGCUCUGAGUCUGGCACCCUACGACCUCAGUGUGGUACUAAAGGUGGGGAGGUUCAUGAAAAAGGAGCAGAGUUAUGAUGAAGCCCUGGCAGUGCUGCUUAGGAUGCUGCAGAGGGCGCCAAACUCUUCCCGCCUGCACCACGAGAUAGCCAACAACUACCGCUGGAGGGCUAAGCAGAGCGGAGACCCUCACGACCAAACACUGCUCAAACGCUGUGUGUUCCAUCUGGAGGAGGGGGCACGCCUCAACCCCACACACAUCUACCCUCAGGUGGAGCUGGCUGUGAGGUACUCAGAGCUGAAGGACAACAGUAAGGCCAUGGAGAAGUUCCAAGAGCUGUGGUCCCGGUCAGAUCUGAAGCCCUCCGACCGCCAGGCCUGGCACCGCAUGUAUGGUGACGUCCAGCUCUACCACCUGGGCUCUGAGAGGACCGCUGUCAACCACUACAAGGAGGGCAUGAGGCUCUAUAACAUAUCAACUGAAUGGAGUCAGUGUAGAAGAAGGCUGCUCAAAGUGCUGAGGUUUAACAAGGAGAGGAGAGGAGAUGACCCCUAUGAUAUCAGAGAGUUUGUUGACUCAUUCAAGAGAGGGGUUUUUAAUGUGGAGGAAGCUGGGGUGUCGACACUGACACUGGGCCACCCCUAGUCCACUUCAUAAUGAGUGGCCUUCCACUUUACCAUCAACAGCUCUUUACAUGUUUGAUCAUUCAUAAUAACAAUUUGCUGAUAAUGCAUUUAAUAUACACUGAGUACACCAAACAUUAGGAACACCUUCCUAAUAUUGAAUUCCCCCCUUUUGGCCUCAGAACAACCUCA